CAGCGCAGCUUUCUCCCGCCGCUUUCGGAGGGACUGGAGUUGUUGCUUUUUUCCUCACAUUUUCUUGGAUACACCUUCAUCUCGCCAAGAUGAGACUUAUUUUUGUUGUUGUUGCGGUGGCGUCUUUGUUGACAGAAAAUCUAGCGCUUCCAGUGGGAAAAGAAGGGCAGAGAGAAGAUGUGGUAACACGCUGUCUGGUUGAAGUCCUGUCCAAAGCGCUCUCCAAACCGGACUCCCAGCUGGACCAGGAAUGCAAAGACAUUCUCCAAGCAGGGGUUAAACAUGCCCCGCUGGACAAGAAGAGCAUUGAGGGGGUAGCAACUCAUGGAGAGGUGGCCAACGGUCAUCUUGAGGUGCCCGAGGCAAAGGGAGCAGAUGUGAAAGACAUCGAGGCUCUCCUGAAAUCCAUUGAGGAUAAAAGAGAAAUCCCAGAAGACGAGCGCAGCCAAGAAUCCUGGAGUCUGGGUGACGAGAAGGAGAAGAGACACGAGAACGGGGAGGAAGAGGAGCGGGAGAAGAGGAGCUGGAGGACUGGAAGAUACCACCAAAAGAAGCACAAACGGGGAGAAGAAGAGGAAGACUAUGAGCGCAGUCAGGAGAGCUGGGGGGGCGAGGAAAAGAGAUCAGAAGAAGGAGGAGGUGAAGAGAAAGAUAAGAGGACCUGGAGGCCUUCAAGAUACCGCCAGAGAAAACACAAACGAGAUGAGGAAUCUUUAGGGGACGAGAGGGAGGAGCCAGAGGAAGAGCGUAGCCAAGAGUACUGGGACGUGGGCAAAAGGGAAGUGGACGAGGACGAGGAGGAGAGACACAAGCGCAUAUGGAAGCCCACACAUCGCUACCACCACAAGAAAAAGUUCCACAAGCGUGGCGAUGAACCGUCAGAGGAGCAGGAAGAUGGUGAACGCAGCCAGGAAUCUUGGGGUCUUGACAAGAGGGACUGGAAGGCCGGACGGUACCACCAGAAGAGACCCAAACGUGAUGAAGAGCUCUCAGAAGAAACCAGGGAAGAGCCCGACGAAGAACGCAGCCAGGAAUCUUGGGGUCUUGACAAGCGGGACUGGAGGGCCGGAAGGAGACACAAACGUGACGAAGAGCUCUCAGAAGAAGCACGAGAAGAGCCUGACGAAGAACGCAGCCAGGAAUCUUGGGGUCUUGACAAGCGGGACUGGAGGGCCGGAAGGUACCACCAGAGGAGACACAAGCGUGACGAAGAGCUCUCAGAAGAAGCACGAGAAGAGCCUGAUGAAGAACGCAGCCAGGAGUACUGGGAUUUCAAUACUGGAUGGGAAAAGAGAGACAGGAGGGCGGUCAGGCCCCACCAGAGGAGACACAAACGUGAUGAAGAGCUCACAGAGGAGGAGAGGGAAGCGCUGGACGGGCAACGCAGCCAGGAGGACUGGGGCGUGGACAAACGACAUGGAAAAGAAGAGGCGGGAAUAGAAAAGCGCAUCUGGAAACCAACACAUCGAUACCACCAUAAGAAGAAAUUUCACAAGCGUGGCGGAGAUGACGAAGAACUGAGGGAUGAUUCAGAGGAAGAUGAGGACAAGGACGAAGCAGUGAGGUAUCUGGCUGAGAAGCGUAACCCCUGGAUUUAUAGAGGUUUCUACCAUCCUGCCUGGUACAAAAGGGAUUCAGAUGAGCACGCCACAACCUCAAACAAGAUGGAUGAAGUUGCCAAGUUGCUGAGCUAUAAGGUGAACCAGCUGGCCCACCACUCCAAUCAAGAGGAGCCAAACAGGAGCAUGCACCAGAGAGCACUAACCCAGCAGGAGGAGAAAGAGCUGGGAAACCUCGCAGCGAUGGACACGGAGCUGCAGAAAAUCGUUGCCAAGUUGCAUGACAACGGUGCAUAAGCCAUGAUGGAGAGCACUUCAAGACACGACCAGUGGAUAAAAGCUGCUGUCCUACUGUACGUCAGCUAAAUUAGUAUGUGAUGAAAAAAAGACAACAAAAUCUGGAGCCUUGCCAAAAAACGAUUAACUUGUUUAUCAGCGUAUUUGUGAUAUUUUGAUGUUAUGAAAUUACUCAGCAUGGGAAUGGUUUUGAUGUUUAUAUAUAAAUAUGUAAUAAGAGAAAAUAUGACAUAAUAUAUGCAUCUGAGACAAAUUAUUCAAAUCGAGUUUGUUCAGUCUGCACUCAAUAAAAGGAGUUAUUCUGGGACC